UCUUCACACCCUUCUCACCUUAGUCCAUAUCUUCACACAUCUAAAUAUCUAAUCACAUAACAACAAACAAAUCAUCAAAACCCAAAAAAAAAAAAAAAAAAACACCAUGAACAUCAUCAAACCAACAAAAGCAAGCCUCCUCCUUACUCUCCUCAUCAUCACAACCCUCACCUCCUUAACCCGGGCCACCCGGCCCGACCCGACUUCCAAGGGGGGCAAGGCCAAGGGUCACGGCAACGGGGGCGACUUCUUCGGGCCGGGUGGUGGGUUCGGAAUACCCGGAUUCAACGACCCGGGUAUGUUCGGGGGCGGAGGCGGGUACGGAUACGGAUAUGGAACCCCGAGCGGGGGCCACGGAAAGAGUGGGACCGUAAGGCCUAGUGUGGUGUGCAAGGAAAAGGGGCCUUGUUACAUGAAGAAACUAACGUGCCCUGCAAAGUGUUUUUACUCCUUUAGUAGGUCUGGCAAGGGUUAUGGAGGUGGUGGUGGAGGUGGUGGUUGCACUAUGGAUUGCAAGAAGAAAUGUAGUGCUUAUUGUUAAGCUUUAAUUUUCUGAGUGGGAAAAUUAAUUAAGUGGUUGAUUAUAUCUUUGAUGAUAUAACAACUACUACUAUAAAUAUAUAUAUGUGGACAAUAUAGUAUAUGGUAUGUGAUCUUAUUUAAGGCUUUUGUUAUAUGGUAUUACUAAUUAGUUCCUAUUAUGUUACUUUUAUAUGAGUAAAUAGUAGGACUUUUAUAAUUUAUAUGUAGUUAUAUACUUAUGAUGUUUUGUAUUAUUGUGGUUUUGUCAUUAGUAUUAGUGGUUUGUGAGGUUUUUUCUCUUGCUUUUUGUGUUUGCUUUGCUUUGAUGUUGUGGGAUGUAAUAUAUAUGGUACUGGUGGAAUAAAGAGAGGCUAUAUCCUCUUGCUUU